UCUUUCGAUCACGUUUGUGAUCGAGAGUUUUACCACCAAAAACAAAAAUAGAAGUACGCAAAUUUUUUUGACGUCACUGCCUUUUCCGCAGCGGCCAUCAUAAUAUUGUAUACCUCGUGGGAAAUAUUCCCACAUAUUUUAAGCUACUAACAAUGAAUCCAGAGAAAUUAAAGGCGCUGCAAGCCAAAGCUGAUGUUGUUCGUAUUGGUGGGAAGGGUUCAGCCAGAAGAAAGAAGAAGGUUAUUCAUCGCACUGCUACUACAGAUGAUAAGAAGAUACAGUUCUCUCUGAAAAAGUUGUCUGUAAACAUAAUUCCAGGGAUUGAGGAGGUCAAUAUGAUUAAGGAAGAUGGACAAGUGAUUCAUUUUAAUAACCCUAAAGUUCAAGCUUCUUUGGCUGCAAACACCUUUGCAAUUACUGGUCAUGCAGAGAACAAACAAAUAGCAGAGAUGCUUCCUGGUAUCUUGAAUCAACUUGGAGCAGAGAGUUUAAACAGCUUGAAAAAAUUAGCAUCAACUGUAGCUAGUGCUGCUGACAGCAAUAAGCAAACAACAGCAGAUGUUGAUGAUGAUGAUGAUGUCCCAGAGCUUGUUGAGAACUUUGAUGAAGCGUCCAAAGAUGAGAAUGUGUAAAGGACCCAUGAUUGUUUUGUGCCAGGGGCUAACCUCAAAGCUGGCACAAAUCCAAUGUGUACAGCUUUAUUUUGCAUUAAAAAUAUACACACCACAAAGACUCAAAAGUGCCCGUUUGUGCAUAGUUAACUUUUUACGUUGCUGCACCUUGGUCCAGCUGGUUUGAUUGUGAUGCAAGAGAAAUAUCAAAUUGUAGCAAGUGCUUGUCUUGUAAUAAACUAUCUCCAUUUUUCAUUUACUAGAUGAGUUUUUGAGCUGGUUUUUUUUUUACACUUAUUUUAAAUGUCAAUGUAAUCUAAUUAAAAGACACCCGAUUUUCAAAGUU